CUCGAGGCUGGGUUCUAAAUUCUGGCCCCUGGCAUGUCGCACACAAGACACUGAUUAUGCGUAAGUGGGAGCCAGAUUACAAAGAAGCUAAGCAAGAACCUAAGAGCGUUCCUAUUUGGGUGAAAUUGUGGGGUGUUCCUAUGGAGGUUUUUUCUGCCGAGGGUCUGGCCUAUAUUGCUAGCGCAAUUGGGGUCCCUCUUGCUCUGGAUAAAGCAACAGAGGAGCGAACUUGUGUGAACUAUGCCAAGCUCUGUGUUGAGAUUGAAGUUGCAGCGGCUCAGGAUCUUCCGGAAAAUAUCCUAGUUGACAUUGAAGGCUGUCCCUCUGUGGAUGUGCGAGUUGAGUAUCCUUGGUUGCCUACCACUUGCAGUACUUGUAAUAAACGGGGACAUACCGCCCACAAUUGCAAGUCAAGGAAAGACAAACCGCAGCCUAAUAAGAAAGAGUGGGUAAAAGUUGCUGAGAUGAACAAAAGGAAACAACCAGAUGUGUCUUGCAGGCAGGUGAAUGAUGUUCCAAAUGUGGAGUCUGCACUCCCUGCUUGUCAUGAAGUACUACCAGUGCAGAAAGAAAACCAACCUGUCAAACCACUUUUGCAGAAUGAAACUCUACUCACAGCCCAGGGAGAGACUACUGUAUCUCUUAUGGAGCAAGGACCUAUUGAGAAGCAGAAUUCUUUUGAAGCUUUGGCCUCUAUUAAUGACGAGCAGGCCUUUCCUCCUCUUCAGGUUUCUUUAGUGUCUCCAAAAUCCCUUAAGAAGCCUCGACAGGCUUCUCGAGGCUUCUUUGGGUGUAGCAGCUGCUACAAAAGCCUUGGCCCCUCGGCAGAGAAAUUGCAAGAAAAUUUCAAAUCCCUCCAGAAGUAUGAUGCAGACAUAGUUUGUCUUAUUGAAACUCAUGUUCAGAAGCAAAAUUUUGAUAAGAUUGUUGGAUAUCUUUUGCUUGAGUGGAGUAGAUUUUGCAAUUAUGAUUCUGCUCCUCUAGGGAGAAUUUGGCUUUUUUGGAAGUCCCAUGUAACUAUAAGGAUACCUAGUUCUAAUCAUCAGGCUAUACACUGUCAUGUGGUUGACAAUAUUACUAAGAGGUACAUGUUUGCUAGUUUUGUGUAUGCUGAUAAUUCUCCUGAUCAAAGGAGACAAUUAUGGGAUGAGUUAGUUGCUCUAAGCAGGGUGCUGCCUGAAGUGCCUUGGAUUCUAGGAGGUGACUUUAAUGAAGUUAGAUAUCUGCAAGAGAGGUCUGAUUGGAUCCAAAACAUGCGCUUCUCCAAAGAUUCUAUGUUGUUUAAUGACAGGUUGAAUGAAGCUGAACUUUCUGAUCUUCCUGCUUUUGGGCCUAAAUUUACAUGGUCGAACAAGAGAAUAGAGGGACUCAUUGUUAAAAAGCUUGACAGGUUAUUAGUCAACAGCACUUGGUUUAGCACUUUUCCAAGAACUAGAGCAGAGUUUCUUCCCCCUGACAUCUCAGACCAUUGUGCUGGGUCUGUAACUAUAAUGGAAGUGGCAACCCAAAAUACCAGAAAACCUUUCAAAUUUUUCAAUUUUUGGACAAAGAAUGAAAGGUUUCUAAACAUUGUCCAGGAGGUUUGGUCAUCUGUCACAGUUUCAGGAUGCUACAUGUUUCAGCUUUGUAAAAAGUUGAAGGCUCUUAAGGCCCCUCUACCACAGCUUAAUAAGGAUUGUUACAGUGACCUGAAAGGAAGGAUUCAACAAGAGACUUCAAAGCUACAUGCUAUCCAAAUUGAUUUGUUAGCUAAUCCUCAUGAAGAUUUGGUUUUGGUGGAACAGGAACAGGCUAGGAAGGUGGCAGAGUUAUCACUUGCUGAAGAAGCCUUUCUGAAACAAAAAUCUAGAGUGCACUAGCUAGAGGAAGGAGACCAAAAUACUACUUACUUUCAUAAAGUAAUGAAAGUUCGACAAAGUAAGAACCUGAUAAAAGAAUUGCAUACUGAGGAUGAUAAAAUACUCACUGAGCAUGAGGAUAUUGCAAAUGAAGCUAUUGGUUUUUACCAAGCUCUUCUAAGGAGUGGGGAUCCUUAUUGCAUUGGAGGGGAUCUUGAUAAGUUGAAAGCUCUCUUUGACUUCCAACUUUCUGAAGCAACUCGAGAAGCACUAAUUUAGCCAGUUACAGCAGAAGAAUGCAAAUUAGUUCUUUUCAGUAGCCCAAAUAACAAGAGCCCUGGACCAGAUGGGUAUACUGUUGAGUUCUACAAAAGUGCUUGGAGCAUUGUUGGAGACUUGGUUACAAGAGCAGUACAAGAAUUCUUCUCAACUGGGAAGCUCCUUAAAGAGGUGAAUUCUACAAUUAUUUCUUUAGUGCCUAAGGUGUCCUGCCCAUCUAAGAUGACUGAAUUUAGGCCUAUAUCCUGCUGCAAUCUGAUUUACAAAUGUAUCACAAAGAUUAUUGCUAAUAGAUUGAAAGAGUGCCU